GAGUCUAGAACGUUCGUGUCUAGAACGGUCGAGUUGAGAAUCGGUAGAGAGGGGCGCGAGCCAACCAAUGGGAUGAAUUGGAAUGGUCUAGAUCGGACGAGAAAGUUCGGCGCCGUUUUAUAAACCGGAAGACCCUGAGAGUCGGGUCAGUCUAUAUUCGAAAACGAUUGAUAUAACAUACCUACUUCAGAGCUACCAGCUCGUUUCAACUAUUUAUUUGUAUUCUGUGUUUGAAAAGAUCUUUGAAGAUGCCUGCUAUUGGAAUCGAUCUCGGAACGACCUACUCUUGCGUCGGCGUUUGGCAACAAGGAAAAGUUGAGAUUAUCGCCAACGACCAAGGGAACAGGACGACACCCAGUUAUGUGGCUUUUACGGAUACGGAGAGGCUCAUAGGUGACGCUGCUAAAAAUCAGGUAGCGAUGAAUCCUCAGAAUUCCGUAUUCGAUGCCAAAAGGUUGAUUGGAAGGAAAUACGAUGACCCCAAGAUUCGAGAGGACAUGAAACACUGGCCUUUCAAAGUGGUCGACGAUUGUUCCAAGCCGAAGAUACAAGUGGAAUUUAAAGGAGAAUGCAAACGUUUCGCUCCUGAAGAAAUCAGCUCGAUGGUCUUGGUGAAAAUGAAGGAAACGGCGGAAGCUUACUUGGGUCAGAAGGUGAAAGACGCUGUUAUCACGGUCCCUGCUUACUUCAACGAUUCUCAGAGACAGGCGACCAAGGAUGCGGGCGCCAUCGCCGGACUGAACGUAUUGAGGAUAAUCAACGAACCGACAGCAGCAGCCUUGGCUUACGGUUUGGACAAGAACCUGAAAGGUGAAAGAAACGUGUUGAUAUUCGACUUGGGAGGUGGAACCUUCGACGUUUCAAUAUUGACGAUCGACGAAGGGUCCCUUUUCGAAGUACGUUCUACCGCCGGGGACACCCAUCUAGGAGGAGAAGACUUCGACAACCGAUUGGUUAACCAUCUGGUAGAAGAAUUCAAGAGGAAGUAUAAAAAAGACAUCAAAUCCAAUCCCAGGGCUUUGAGGAGGUUGAGGACGGCGGCCGAACGAGCUAAAAGGACAUUGUCCUCCAGUACAGAAGCUUCCAUAGAAAUCGACGCUCUGUUCGAUGGCAUAGAUUUCUACACGAAAGUCACUCGGGCCAGAUUCGAAGAACUCUGUUCGGACCUUUUCAGAUCUACACUCCAACCUGUAGAAAAAGCCCUCUGUGACGCCAAAUUGGACAAGGGUUCUAUCCACGACGUAGUGCUCGUCGGAGGUUCGACGAGGAUACCCAAGAUCCAGACCCUUUUGCAACAGUUCUUCAAUGGAAAACCUUUGAACAUGUCCAUCAAUCCCGAUGAAGCAGUGGCUUACGGUGCCGCUGUCCAAGCUGCUAUUCUCAGUGGAGACCAGAGCUCUCAGAUACAAGACGUGCUGCUUGUCGAUGUGACUCCGCUCUCUCUCGGCAUAGAAACAGCCGGCGGAGUCAUGACCAAGAUAAUCGAAAGAAACGCCAGAAUCCCAUGUAAACAGUCUCAGACGUUCUCGACGUACUCUGAUAACCAGCCGGCUGUUACGAUCCAGGUGUUUGAAGGAGAGAGGGCGAUGACCAAAGACAACAACCUCUUGGGCACUUUCGACCUGACGGGGAUACCGCCUGCUCCCAGAGGGGUGCCUCAAAUCGAUGUCACAUUCGACCUAGACGCCAACGGUAUAUUGAACGUCUCGGCCAAAGAGAACAGCACAGGAAAGUCUAAAAACAUUGUCAUCAAAAACGACAAAGGGAGACUCUCGAAAGAGGAAAUCGACAGGAUGGUCAAUGAUGCCGAGAAGUACAAGAAGGAAGACGACGCUCAGAGAGAGAGGAUCGCCGCCAGGAAUCAACUCGAAGCCUAUGUCUUCAACGUCAAACAAGCCGUCGAAGAUGCCGGCGACAAGCUCAGCCAAUCGGACAAAGACACCAUCAAGUCAAAAUGCGAAGAUGUCAUCCGCUGGCUGGACAGCAACUCCCUCGCCGACAAAGAGGAAUACGAACAUAAAUUGAAAGAGUUGCAAAGCGAAUGCACUCCUUACAUGACCAAAAUGCACGGAGGACAACAAGCUCCCAACUUCACCAAUUGCGGACAACAAGCAGGGCAAAGGUUCAAUACUGGACCUACUGUAGAAGAAGUUGAUUAAUUACUCAAAUCGUCUUGUCUAGUUUAAUUUCUUUAAGUUCUUAAAAGACUGUCAUUCCAUUUCAUUUUUUUUAUAUUAUUAUUUUUAUUAAGCUUGUUUCCAUGGAACUAGUUUG